AUGGAGGUCAUGGCCAAGAGGGACAACAAGGUCAUCAUGGAGGUCAGGGCCAGCAGAGCCACCAUGGAGGACAAGGCAAUCAAAGCCAACAAGGACAACAAGGUCAUCAUGGAGGUCUUGGCCAAAGUGGACAACAGGGUCAUCAUGGAAGUCAUGGCCAAAGUGGACAACAGGGUCAUCAUGGAGGUCAUGGCCAAGAGGGUCACCAUGGUCAAGGUAAGGACUGAGUUCAUGCAUAAAAUAUAGGUUCUAUAGUAGGAAGAAAAAAACAAACAUCAUAGUGUACUAUCUUAAGUGAAUACUAAAAGUGGUGUUAAAAGUUACACUCACAACAAAAAAGUUGAUUGAAGGCACAUCAAUAAUAAGGUUGAUUAGCGAUCUUCCCCAUGUAUAAGGGCAUAUAGGAGAGAAGAAAAUAAGAUGAUAAUUGCAGACUGUUAUCGACCUGGUGAAGCACUAAAUGAUAAAACACUUACAAGAUUGGAGAGGUAUAUAGGCAUAUCAUAUCACAGGUUGCCAAGGAGUUCAGAUGAAGUCCGCCAGAACAUUCAAAUGUAAAUAAGCAAGAAAUCCUUGUAGCUUAAAAAAUGUAUUAAAUAACACAAAUAAAACAGAAAAUAAAAACAAAAUACUCUCCUACAUAAAGUCCCAACCCUACGCAUUUCGUCUGACUAUUCAGACUUCCUCAGGGGUAAAAUGAAGAUAGGUCUCCUGUGUAGAAUCUCUUUGCCGCCCGGCUCGGUAUUUAAAUCCAUUAAGCCCCUCCUCUGGAUGCCAUCAGCUCAUCCGUAUAGGGGGAAUACAGCUGACGCUUAUUUUCUUCAGUGUGUAUUCCAAGCCUAGUUUCUGACCACAUUAGCGGUCAUGUGAGCGUUCCACUGAGUCUAUCUGCGUUCCAAAGGGAGACCGGAAGGUGAACGCUUGUGUUUCAACAAAAGAGCGUUCCAAAUUGGGUACUAAGCUUGUCAACUCAAAAGGAUCACAAAGUGUCCAUCGUGCCAUACAUAGAUAAAAAAUAAAGAAAGAUAGAAAGAACAUGUAUCAUGAUCUUAAUUGCCAUAAAGUAAACACUUAGUUACAAAUAAUUGAAUAAAAUAAAAAAAUUGAAAAAUAUAUAUAUAUAUGAAAAAAAUAAUAAUAAUGAUGAUGAAAAACAUAUAAUUAAAUAAAAAACGAAUAAAGCGCAUAGAUUCUUCCAAGUAAUUCUAUACAUAUUCUUAUCAAUAACAGUAAAAUAAAAAUAAAAACUUAAUCAUACAAAUAAUAAAAAGCAAUAAAAAACAUUAAGAAGUGAAUAAAUAAUCUUCUCAAAAUAGUUUAAUAUCUAUAUACAUAACAGGAUUUGUAAUAAGUGAGUUCAAGCUGAUAGAAGUGAACUUCUAGAGACAGGAUUCAUUAUUUCUUUGUAUUUUAAUGAGCAAACAAUACAGAGUGUGCAGAUAUAUUUUUAAAUAAGUGAAAUAAUGUUUUAAUGAGAACAUAUCAAUAACAUCAAGACAAACAAUUGUGUGUAUAUAUAUGUGUGUUUUUAUCUAACUCCAAUAACUUAUUUAGUUAGUUUACGCAACAUAAUCACUACAUGUCUUUGUAUGGAUUAUAGUGCUCUUAGGUCUAACACAGGCUUGUGGGAAUUGUUAAUUUUGAAUGUUCCACUUCCAUGUUAUUGUAGACCUUUAAAAAUGAAAUGCGACUACCUCACCCAACUGGCAGCAUUGGGCAUAACCCAAAGUGCACAUUUAAAGCAACACACAACGGAAAAAAAAAAAAGAAUAGGAUGUGCAAUGAAAUACUCAUAUUCAAGAAGCUAAUCUCUGCCAAAAUAUUGAAAAAUAUUCUCUCAGAAAACUCAUUCAUACUGCUUUCCAAGUAUAUGCAUACAAUUUAUUAUUAUUAUUUUAUUAUUUUUAAAAAAUAAGGUUGUGACGUUACCCAUGACCACAAGGUGGCCUUCCUGGUCAAAACUAACAAAUAAAUCUAAUUUGUAAUCAACUUAUACAAUAUUAGGUAACAACCUCUGAUAAGCCAUUAGAGGAUAGAAAUGAGAUCUAAGUUUAAUUUACACGCAUAGAUACAAAAUUAUUAUUUAUAAAGUUGUACUGAGGGUGCUGAGAAGCUUAACUCUCACCUAUAAGACAUGAGAGGAUUGUAGAGUUAAUUCAAUAGACAGUAGAAAAAGCAGAAGACAUAAUAUUAAUGCUCUGUCUGUAAUGCUAAGGAUAGCUCAAAUACGAAUACUGCCUAGACCAGUGUUGUCCAUCCCAGUCCUCAUGGACCACCAACAGUCCAGGUUUUGUCAGUAUCUCCAUUGGAAUAAAAUAGGGAAAUACAUUAAUCCUGGACUGUUUGUGGUCCAUGAGGACUAGGUUGGAGAACACUGGCCUAGACAACGCUAAAGGUCUUAGAUAAUCUUUCAAACUCUGUCUAAAUGAAAGCAGUGUCACCACCUCUCCAUAUCUAGUUACGCACCUUGAUCUCCCAGUCUCUGUAGGUCUACAUACCAUCUUUGUCUAGCAUAGUCUCAUCUUGCAACUGAAUGAUAAAAACACCCCUCUGGGCUGCUGGGAGUUGUUUUUUCUUCAUUUUACUUGAGGAUAGCACUUCUUUCUUUAUGACACAUUUGUUUCUCUUUGUUAUCUUUGUAAUUUGGCACCUGGACAUCCCUAUGCUAGAAAUAUAUAUAGUCCUGUAUAUUUUUGAGUGAGUAAUUUCACAACCUGCUUUCGUUAUUUUUUUUUUCUUCUUCCACAAUUAAUAUCAAUUCCAUUCCUAUUUUGCUGCCAUUCGUGGUCUGAGCCUUUCAGCUGACACCUAGCUGAUAUCAGAAUGUCAGGACAACUGCUAACAUUUACUGACUUUAUUACAUUUUUUACAGGCUCAAAUGCUGGACACCAUUGUCAGGGUCAAGGGUCUCAUGGCGACAAAUAAGGUAAAUGGUUUCUCGCUGAUUAUGGCACUUAAGAUUAUAAAGAGUUGUAACAUAGAUUAUUGGUGGGUACAACUGUGCAAUUAGGGCAAUGCACAAACUAUCUUACAAUGUACACAUAUUAACAAAAAAGAUCAUUAAAAAUAGUGUACAAGACAACGCUAGAUUAGAUGAGUCUGACAAAUUGAAGGCUGUUUCAAUGGACCUUCAUACACUGAUAGCAAGCGUGCGUUUAAUAUAUAGAAAAAUCAUUAUUUAUACUCUAUACUAAAAAAAUAAUUAGUAAAGGUGCAAAUUAAUAGAUAGAUCUAAACGAAUUACAAACACAAAGUGUUUGCCCAUACAGAACCAUCAACUCAAUGGCUGAACAGUGACAAUCUAAGAAGGAUCAGCUGUGGACAAAUUAGAAGGUUAAUAAACUAAAGGAUAUAAUAUAAUCGAUAAGGUCUGCCAUACUAGAGAAUACAUUUUUCUAUUGUAUAUUUUUUUCCGACAUUUAUUUCUUAAAUCCAAUGCAAGCAAUGCAUUUUAACAAUGGCUGUUUUCUGAUAAAAUAAAAUGACGAGCUAAUCAGAAACGAAAUGAGAAGUACAGAUAGAAUUUGAAUUAGAUAAGAAGAGACGUCAACGUCAUGGCUAUAGAUUUAUUGCACUAACAAAGGUAGAAAAUAAGUGAGUUUCCUAAAUGUAAAAAUCAAAGGUCAAUUUCUCUAUAUGACGUCUUUUAUAUAAACUUAAUUAAAUGUGAAUUUUUAUUGUCUGUAAAACGUAUAAGCUUAAGACCUUAUGACAGUGCUGUGUUAUCAGGGAUUUAAAUCCUACCUUUUACUAGUUUAUACAUCCAUUUACAAGGGUUGGUAACACCAAAGUUGCAUAACCAAAAAACUGCAAGAUUGCUUAUGAGUAGUGGGAAAAUUGGCACCUACGUAAGAGAGGAAAAAUGUUAAACUAGGAAAAAAAAUAUUCACCUAUGUGUACCAUAUAAUUUUCAUUUAGUCUUAUUCUGCUCAUUGUUCAGCCUCUUGAACUGCAUUACUUUUAUAAAAAUGCUAAUUAAAUAGGCGUCUCACAGUAGCAUGUUUGAAUAUCUCUAUUCUUUCAAAGCACUGCCUAUGAAACUUACAUUUGUAUUUAUACCCCCUUGAAAAGUUUAUAUUCAAAAGCGAGUUGCUAAAAUAUUUUACUAAAAGCAGUAGGCUUGAUCAAUACUAUUAUACUAACUCGAGUGGUAAAUAAUAUAAAUCAAAAGCUAUAUCCGCCAAUGACGUGACAUUUUGUGAUCUCCUGUGUGUCAUUCUGACAUUGCAUAUAUGCACUCAUAUCGAGGUUAAUGCUUCAUGCAAUAUAUGAAUUAUUCUAGGCUUCAGUGAGUUUCAGCUUUGGCACUUAAAAGUAGAAUAUUUCUACCUGUACUGGGAUGAUGCAGACAUUUAUAUCCUUAUCAUGAUACGUUGAUAUCACAAUUUUAUUGAAUUAUACACAGGAUUGUUCUUACAUAUUGUUCCUAUUUCAAUUUUUCUAUAAUUUGUAAAAACAGUUGAUAACUUGAAAAAAGUGAAUCAUUUUACAGGCCUUCUAUGUAUUAAUAAAUAGUCUCUCUUUCUUUUUACAGAUUUAACUGAAAAUGUGAACUGAAAAUUUAACACAAAUUUUACAAUCGAUUCAAUAGCAGACAAAUCAUUUUAUUUCAAGGAAUAACAUCAUACAAAUAAAUUCUUACUGCACAUUCAAGUUGUCAUUGUUUUCUUUCAUUGUUUUUUUAUCAGUGCAACUAUCAAAAUAUUCAUUAUGUUUUAGAUUGUAUAGCCAAAUUGAUGUAAGAAGAAGGAAUUCUAGAGGUGCCACAGAUAUGGCUUUAACUGAAACCAAAUUUAAAAACAUAUUUCUGUAAAUACCAGUAAAAAUAGUUAAGUAGUUUUUCUCUAAUAAAAGACCUGAUAAGGGUGCCAUUGUGAAUCUAUAUAUAAAUCUAUCAAUUUGUAUUAAUUAAACCAAGAAUGGUUAGGUAAUGUCUAAGAAAUUGCAAAUUUAGGCCAGACAUAGUUGAGUUGAAGAAUUUGUCAACACAUCUGUUUUCCAUGCAUGAAUAAAGACAUGUUUAAACAUGCCUCCCAACUGUCCUGCUUUCAGAGUGACAGCCUGAUUUUAGGGUGGUGUCCCUCCACCCCACUUUAGUUCCCUGGGGACAGGAUAUUAGGCUGUUUGAAUGUCAACAGGGCUAGGAGGACAGGGCAUAAGAGGGGUAGUGACACAACAGGGCUCGAUAUUAGAUUAGGCAGAUAGGAUGACAACAGGGUUAGUUGGACAGAGUGAUAAUGAGAAAGAGAGACAGGGAGGCAGAGAGACAAAAAGCUAGGGAGACAGGGGAUUAGAGUAACAGAGUGACAAAGGGCUUGAGUGACAGGGGUUUAGGAGGACAGAGUGAGACAUGUCUAAGGGGACAAAGUGACAGGAGAUUAAGCCUCUAACCCCUUGUCCCUCUGUUGGCCUAAUGCUCUGAGUGUGUUAAGGGGACAGAGUGGCACAGGGCUAAGGGGACAAGCAGCUCAUGUGUCUCUUCCAAGGAACUGUGAUGAAUGGUACUUGUGGCAGACCCACGGUCUGUUUGUGUAUUCCCUGCUUGUAAUAUGUAUGUCCUCCCUGUAUUUUGCCUAUUGUACCCUGCUCCCCGUUCGGGAGUGUUCAUGUGAGAGGAGCUCAUCCGUCUCCCGAACGGGGACCACCCCAACAUCGCAUUUAGAACCCUAGUUAGAACGUUAAUCACCUUGACGUAGUGCCAAAACCGCAAGGCAAGCCAUCGGCGCAUGCUUCCCCCUUGGCGGCUGCCAAUUCGUAUAGAUGAACCCCAUCCAGGAGGAGCCUUCGUGGAUCACUUUCCGACCCAUUUGUUUCCUGAACGACGACCUCCCCAGCGCCCCAUUAUAACAUUUACACCAAUCAAAUUGAACGUUCGCACUAACAACAUAAGUGGGAAACCGCAAGGGAAGUAAUUAAUGAGUUCUUCCCUGGGUGGCUGCUCAUUUGUAUAGACGAAUGGCACCCAGGGGGAGCAUUCGUAUCCUGAAAGGAGAUGCUUCCCUUGCCUGGUUUCCACACAGGGGUCCCGCGAACGUAGAUGGUUCGUGACAGGGGCCAUUGUGAGGGUCCCUGCGGUUGGUGUGGGCACUUUGGGGGCCUGGCUAGUUUGGCGGGCUUUUUUGUUCCCGGAAGACAAAGGGACGAUCUCUUUUCCCAUGCUUUGGCUCCCAGGCCCAGAGGCUCCUGAGAAGAAGGUGUGGGAAACACUGUAUUUGGUUGCGGGCUUUGGGGACAAAGAGAACAAAGUAUUUUUCCCACGCCGGGACCCCAGAGAAGGGGAGUGUUGGGGAUAAAAUCAGCCCGGGCCCUUUGUGGAUGAUGGAUAUUUGUCAACUCAUUCAGAGCUCUGGAAAUUGGAAAUGAAUAGCAGAGACAUGUUCAAUAACCAAUUCAAAUUGUAUUCAUUCGUCAGUUAUAUUAAUACCCCGUUUUCAUAGCAGGAUGGGAGGGGGGAAAAUGAGCAUAUGGGCGUGGCAAUUACAUUGUUUUUCACAAGUUAUGAGCAGCUGUUUCUUAUUAUAAUUCUACGUUAUAUAACGCAUAUAUAUUUGAUCAAAACAAGAUAUUUACAAAUACCAAAAUCUUGGACAAUUAACAAGAACAUUUCGAAAUCAGUAUGGUCAUUCUCGUAACUAAUAUUAGAUAGAUUCUUCCGAGAAUCGGAGAUACAAGUCCAAAUUUAUUCUUGGUUCACAUUAACCCUUAUAUGAACAGCUAGGAUAUUAAGCAAAAUGGAUAUUCGUAACUACAGGGAGGAGUCUGGGAUGUGACCCUGUAUGUAUGUGUCAGAAACCCCUUGCAUGGGGCUCUGCAUAAAAGCGGAGUGUGGCAUAAUACAAUUGUGUUGUACCUCCAGAACUAGGUCUUGUCCAGUUACUGGAGGGAAAGUGGGUCUCUUUGCAUUCUAAGUGGUUCCAGAACGGCGGAAGGAAGGCCAUAGCGGAGGUAACUGGUCAGGUUAUCCAGAGUCCACUACAGUACUUUAAUGUCUUCAAAGCUGCCCUCAGUACCUCAGAUCUCGCUGGAGUUUCUGUGAAAAUGGAGGAUAUUGCUUGGAACGGAUUUGAUGUAUGUGACAUUUCCAACACUGUUAGAACAUUUGAGAUAUCUGGCUGUCAGAUUCUCUGCUUAAUUUUUUUCUCUUUUUCUCUUUUUUCUCAUACUGUCCACUUUUCAUAUAUAUAGAUAUAUAUAUAUACACACAUUUCCACUUGAAAUACAUGAGCUGAAUAAUGCUGUAUUAUUGCUGUGACUAUUUCAUUUUCAAAUGUUUAUAUUUACACCUUUUGUAUUUUUGAAAUUCUAUUUAAUUAACAUAGUAUAUUAAAAAUAUCAGAAAACAAAUCACACUCACUAAAACAUUUACAACACUACUAGCAGCAGCUGCACCAUAUAUGGUAGCGUGCGUAUAUUGGCAUUCUGCUAUUGAUUAUUAUUAUUUUAUUAUUUAUAUAGCGCCAGCAAAUUCCGCAGGACUGUACGAUUGAUAAUUAAUAAUUGAUAAACCCCUGACCGGUUAGGGUUCCCCCACUUACCACAUGACCAUAUAUUCAGUUUCACUUUUAGAAAGCACCUGAAGGUUUGUACACAAUUAGUCAUUUUUAUGGGUUUUAAUUAAACACAAAUAAUAACAAUAAAAAAAAAGACAAUGGUUUAUUAUACAUCCAGACAUGUAACUUUCCCUAAAUUAUUGAAGCAUUGAUUUUAUGUUUUCAAGGUAAAAAAAUGUGGUAAAUAUGCAGAAUUCAUUUAGCUUAAUAAGUCAUAUGAUGGGAGUUAGUAUUUGAUUCCUGGGUUUAAGUGUUCAAAAUCAACCAAGUUAACAAAGAUCUCACAGCCUCUGUUCACUUAGGGGGAGAAAUGCGGUGAUGAUUACAUUAUUCACUGUGCAUUAGGGAGUACCACGGAGCAGCCGUGGGUGUUUUGGCAAUAAAUCACUGGAGAUUUGUAAAUGUCAGUCAUUGUAAACAGGACACACCUAGAAAUAUUUUGGAGACCUCUAAAGUAAUCAAACACAAAAGGUCUCUUCGUGUUGUAUUAAUAGCACAUGGAACCCACUUUAAUUACCAAUAUACCCAACCUGGUGAUUGAGGUGAAUUAUUCAAAAAUAUCUGGCUUCCAAUGUGUCAGAUGCUGAAUUUUUUUUUUGUAUUUUUUUUUUUUCAUUUCAGACAUUACCAGCCUCUUAUAUUCUUUCCAGCUUUGCAUCUCAGGCAUUGGUGUAUUAGUCAUCAUCAAUGUUUUCUCUCUUCUCUUUUUCCUGUUUAAAUGACUUUAAUUUAUAAAAAACAUUAUUAUUAAUUAACAAAGAGAAAACUAAAACAUAGAACAGACAUACACAACAUUCAUACAUGAUGAUGAAACCCUCUUCCUUAGUCUCUCUGCAUUGCUAUUCAAAGUACUAAUAUAUGAGCUAGCAUUUCUCUUUUCUUUUCCAUUUUUUUUCUCUUCUUUUCCUUCCCUCCUUUUUUUUCUUUCUUUACCUUCCCUUUUUCUUCCCUUUUUCCUUCUUCUUUCCUCUUCCUCCCUGCCCUUUCUUUCCUUUUCCCCUUUUUCUCCGCUCUCUUCCCUUUUUCUUCCCUUUCUCUUCUAUGUAUAUUCAUCUACUGCCAACAGUUUUUUUAACCACUUAUUUAUGUGAAAUAGAUUUUUUUUCUUCAGAUUUCUGUUCAAACCUCCCUCCAUCCUAAAUUGCGAAAUUAGUAGAUUUUGUUACUAUGUCCCAGUUUGGUAGAGUUUUAGUUCUCCACCUUUUAGCUAUGGAAAUCUUUGCUGCUACUAAUGCGUGGGUAAAAAAAUGUUGCAAAUCUACAUUAUACUGAUAAAUAUUUAAGUGUAAUAUAAGCAUUUCCGGGGCAAGGGGAAAAUUAAAUCUGGUUACCAUUUCCAUUUUAGACAACAACACUUUCCAAAAUUCUUUAAGUGGGGGGCAGCUCCACCAAAUAUGUACACAAUCUCCCACUCCCCCUUCACAUCUCCAGAAUAUAUCUGUUUUGCUCUGGUCUAUUUUAUUUAGACGGCUAGGAACCAAAUAGAGUCUGUUAAUGAUCCUAAAAUAUAGUUCCACUAAAUUUAGGCAUUUAAUGCGCCUAGCAACUGUCAGCCAUGCUCUAUUCCAGUCCAAUUUUGAUGAAUUCACUAUGCUAAUGAUAACCUCACUAUUUCGAUGAAAGUGUAAAUGGACGAGCCCAGUUAUAUAAAAGAUACCAAAUGGUGAACUGAGUAUUAUGGGAAAUAAUGCAAUUGAGGGGUGCUGUUCACCCUGAUUUCCUGAUUUAUAGAUGUUCACAGAACACCGAGAAGGGAUUAAUGACCACAGCUUCAAUAAACCCUGGGGUGGAACUAUGUUGGCUGACUGAGGUUAGAUGACUUCUCUUGCUUGUCUCCUCAGGGCCAGAGGUUAUUUUCCUAUAUUUUCCCUCUCAUUGAUUAAGCCAUAUUCUCUUAUCCCUUCUGUUUGUUUGUUUCUUUCUGUCUGUUUCUUCUCCUCCAUUCUGUUUGCCCCUGCCACUUCAAGCUCUUAUAAAUGCUCUUUUGUUUUGUUACUAUGUGCCUUGCAUCUUGUAAUGUCACCUAUAUUCUUCUGCCUUUUCCCUCUGUUGAUGACAUCUCAUGGUUUUAAGUGUCGUCCAUGUUAUCUAAGAACAUAGCACGGUAAGGUUACACAAAUCAUCACUACGUCGUUUCAACAGGCCUAGCCUCACAGCACACUGUCGGAAUUGGACAGCCGCCAAAUACAAAUGUUAAACAUCAAAAUCUUAUUUCACAAGAGUAAAACCAGGUAAUUUAUGGAUUUUGUUGUGACAUGAGGAGUUGUCUUUGGCAACACCCAAUUUCUGACUACUAGUAAUUUUGUUGAGCAUUUCAAACAACUGCAAUUUAUACACGUGUAAAUUCAUGUUGCUCAUGAUAUGACUCAGAAGAAGAAGAAGAAUGUGUCACAUUGAAGACUUCAUAAACAAAUUGAAAAUAUAUAUUGGAUUAUAACAUAAUAACAAUAAUAAAAAUACUAAUAAUAAUAACUCAAUCAAUAUGCUUCCACUUGUUGUUCUUUCCCAUCAAAUUCUGCACUCUAACCUCUCUUCCAUCAAACCUCCUUCUGACCCCAUAAGCCGUAAGUUAUAAUAUCAGGGUAUAUACUUGACAACAAUUGUCUGUGAUUGAUGAAGUGUCUUCUCAAACACUCUUAUGGUUAACAAUUCUUGCACAAUCUGUAGAAAUGAUAUAGAUCUGUCUAGAAUGAUAUAGUAAAGAUAUACGCAUAGAAAAGUUUAACAAGGUGAUUGGAUCAAACACUGUUAGAUUAUAAUAUUAUAAUAAUCUUGGACAGAGUUGACCCUUCAAGAUAUCCGGUUGCUUCUUUAGAUCCAGGGGGCACUUUGAUAGGGGUUGGCAUUUUGUCAUUCUCACUAGGAUAUAGUCUUAUACCUGCAGUAAGCUGCCUAGUGGCUGGUUGCUUCUUUCUUCCCCAUAACAAGCGGCACAGAGGAUGUUGGUUUAUGUACCUGUUCCAGCAACACAGAUACUCCCCUUUUUUUGGUCAAGUGGAUAACCCUAAAAAAGAGCCGAAGGAUAAACUCUCUGGUGCAGUGAAGUUUAUGUACAUAUAAUAGUACAGUAAAAAAACUCCCCCCUAUCGUAGGUCACUUACAGAAUGGGAUUGCAGAAUCAGCACAUAACACAAUAUAGGAGACAAUCCAGUAGGUUGAGAAGCUGUUACAUGCUGUUUCUGGGGCACUUGUUUUUGUGCUCUUUUUUAGGGUACAACGACACUCCUCCUUCCACGACCUGUAUUAGGAUCACUCUGGAUGCUCUUUACAUUUAAAGAUUUUUGGACUAUUUACAUAAGAACCUGUAACUGA